AUGCCGAUGGUGCUCACCUUGUUCGUCUCCCUCUAUAAACUGUGCCGGUUCGCCAUGUCGGGUGCGGAGAGGCUGAUGGUGCCCGAGUGCGUGAGCCAGGCGGGCAGUUGGGCAGGGGCGGCCAGCACCAGGGAGCACCAGGAGGUCUCCCCCGGGGUGAACACCGACGUCCGGGCAGCCCUGGACCGGAUCCUGCCUGCCCUGCACCGGGCCAUUGCCCGUGCCAAGCAGACCACCAGCCCUGCAGAGCUGAAGAAGGCCAUCACCGAGGUUUUCCAGCUGGUGGAGGAAGCCUGGGGGAUGCCCACUCUGGGAAGGGACGUGGCCAAGGUGCUGUGUGAUGUGAUCCGUCUGGAUGGGGGCCUGGACCUGCUGCUAAACCUGCUGCACACGGCGGAGCUGGAGACCAAGUGUCAGGCAGGAAAACUCCUGGAGCAGAUCCUGGUGGCAGAAAACAGGGAUCGCAUCGCUCGAAUCGGUCUGGGAGUGAUUCUGAACUUAGCCAAGGAGCGAGAUGUCCCCCAGCUGGCGCAGAGCGUCUCUGGUAUCCUGGAGCACAUGUUCAAACACACUGAGGAGACCUGUUUCCAGCUCAUUUCUGAUGGAGGCCUGGAUGCUAUCCUCUACUGGUGCCGCUGGACGGACCCCAUCGUGCUGCGGCACUGCGCCAUGGCCUUGGCCAACUGUGCCAUGUACGGAGGCCAAGCCAACCAGCGCCUGAUGAUCGAGAAGAGGACAGCAGAGUGGCUUUUCCCACUGGUGUUCUCAAGGGAUGAUGAGCUAAUCCGCCUGCAUGCCUGCCUGGCCAUCACAGUGCUGGCCACCAACAAAGAAAUCGAGAAGGAGGUGGAGUGCUCGGGGACGCUGGCUCUGGUGGAGCCCUUCAUCGCCUCGCUGGAUCCAGAGCAGUUCGCCUGUGAGAUGCUGGGCAGCAGCGACAACAUCCAGGGGAGGACAGCAGAUGACCUGCAGCGCCUGGUGCUCUUGCUGGACAGCUCAAGGCUGGAAGCUCAGUGCAUCGCUGCCUUCUACCUCUGCACUGAGGCUGCCAUCAAAACCCGGCAGAAGAAAACACAGAUUUUCAGCGAGAUUGGGGCCACGCAGAGCCUGAAGAGGGUUGUGUGCUACUCCACCAGCAGCACCACCUCCUCCCUGGCCAAAAAGGUGCUGCGCAUGAUAGGGGAGGAGGUUCCACGGCGCAUCCUGCCCACGGUUCCCAACUGGAAGCCCUGUGAGGUGCAGACAUGGCUGCAGCAGAUUGGAUUCAACAAAUACUGCCAGAGCUUCAUGGACCACCAAGUGGAUGGGGACAUUCUCCUGAGGCUGACAGAGGAGGAGCUGCAGAAGGAUUUGGGGAUGGACUCCAGCAUCACCCGGAAAAGGUUUUUCCGGGAGCUGACCGAGCUGAAGACCUUUGCUAACUACUCCACCUGUGACCGCAGCAACCUGGCUGACUGGCUGGGCAGCAUUGACCCCAAGUUUCGGCAGUACACCUACAACCUGCUGACCUGCGGCAUCAACCGCAACUUCCUGCACCGGGUGACGGAGCAGCAGCUGCAGGAGGACUGCCACAUCGACACAGGCUUCCACCGUGUCCGCAUCCUCACCGCUGCAAGGGAAAUGCUUCACUCCCCUAUAACGCUGCAGACUGCAUCCAACGGCACUGAUGUCUUUAUCAGCUACCGCAGGAGCACCGGGUCCCAGCUGGCCAGCCUGCUGAAGGUCCACCUGCAGCUGCACGGCUUCAGCGUGUUCAUUGAUGUGGAGAAGCUGGAGGCAGGGAAGUUUGAGGACAAGCUGAUCCAGAGUGUCAUGAGUGCCCGCAAUUUUGUGCUGGUCCUCUCACCAAAUGCAUUGGAUAAAUGCAUGGGAGACCCUGAGUGCAAGGACUGGGUGCACAAGGAGAUUGUGACAGCCCUGAACUCUGGAAAGAACAUUGUGCCUGUUACAGACCAUUUUGAGUGGCCAGAUCCAGAAACACUUCCCAAGGACAUGAGGGCUGUCCUGAAAUUUAAUGGUAUCAAGUGGUCCCACGAGUACCAGGAGGCCACAAUCGACAAAAUCAUUCGCUUCCUCCAGGGCCAUUCCUCCCGGGACUCCUCGGCUGGGUCAGAGAAUGGCCUGGACUGCUUGCCCUCCCUGGGACAGACCUAG